CUUGGAUCCUGCCUGGUGCUUCUUUGGACAGAACAUCAUUGAAAUUUUGUAGCUUGUAUCUUUCGUCACCCUCCAACACAGUCCGCCUUUGUCAAUAUGUCUCUGGGAGACUCGAAAAAGCGCCUGGCGCUGUCGAUAAUAGAUUUCCUCUCGACCUCUCUCAAGGAUGGCACCCUCACUGCAGACGAUGCAGACAACAUCGAGAUCGCAAGCAACUGUAUCGCCGAGGCCUUCAAGGUCGAUCCGGCAGACAAAGCUGCCGUCUCAGAAGCCGUCGGAUCACAGUCCCUCCUCAACAUAUUCCAAGUUUACGAGAAGCUGAAGGGCAAAGGCUCGAGCUCUGAUGCAGCCCCUCCUCCCAAACCCGCCGAGCCCAGCCCUAUCAACCCCGAAGCCGAAAAGCUCAAGAGUGCUGGAAAUGCCGCGAUGCAACAAAAGGACUACAAGACUGCUAUUGACAAGUACACUGAAGCCAUCAAAUUCGCUCCUACGAACCCGAUCUACCUCUCCAACCGCGCUGCUGCUUACUCCGCAAGCGGCGACCAUGCCUCCGCCGUCAGAGAUGCCGAGUUGGCCGUGGCAGCCGACCCCAAGUAUACAAAGGCGUGGUCCAGAUUGGGUCUGGCAAGAUUCGCCAUGGGUGACGCCAAAGGUAGUGUCGAGGCAUAUCAACAAGGCAUUGACUUUGAAGGCAGUGGAGGCAGCGAUGCAAUGAGAAAAGGUCUAGAGACUGCAAAGAAAGAAUUGGCUCGCAUGGAAGCAGAGGAAGCCAACAUGCCCGAGGAUGCGGUGGACGAUGCGCCCGGGAACACUAGAGGUGGCGGUGGAAUGCCCGAUCUAUCCAGUCUCGCUAGUAUGCUUGGAGGAGGAGGUGCCGGUGGUGGUGGUGGUGGUGGCGGAGGAGGAGGUGGUUUCGACUUUGCCAGCAUCAUGAACAACCCUAUGUUUGCUUCCAUGGCACAAAAUAUCAUGCGCAACCCAGAAGCGUUGAGUGGACUUAUGAACAACCCGACUAUUCAGAACAUGAUGAACAAUCGACGAGAAGGCGGCGGAGGAGGAGGUGGUGGUGGUGGCGGCGGCGGCGGUAUGCCCGACAUGAGCCAGAUACAGCAAAUGAUGCAAGAUCCUGCCCUCGCUAACCUGGCACAACAAUUCAUGGGCGGAGGUGCCGGUAGAGGUGCAGGUGCGGGACGAGGCGCGGGCAAUCAAUAAAGAGGAUGUGGUUGUUUCGCCAGGCACUUGUGAGUCAGCAUGAAGGAAUAUGAUACACCCAAUACAAUGGAUUACAUGAUAAGACAUCUACAUCUACCUUAAGACAGGUAUCUCUUGAGGUUGAGAGGAUGCACGCCCUUCGAGGCCGAGGCUGCGUAGGUAGUCUUAUUACUACACUAUUCAGCAUAUUUAGGCGACCUCGAUGAUAAUGUCUUCCAGUACACCAAUGAUUUGCCUUCCAAGUUGUUUCAUCAGGACAGAGUAUUCGCAUACUGCCUUGCGAAUUUGUGCCA